UUUAUACAAAAUAUAAUGUAAAUUUUAUAUUAUUUUGAGAUAUAUUUAAACAAAAUAUCUAUUUCUAAUUGUAUAAUUGUGAAUUAGUUUGUUAUAAUUUUGUGUGUAAAAUUUCUUAAGUGCGCGUAUAUUAUUGUUGAAGAAAAUUUUGGUACCACAUUUUUUUACUGAUAUAUCAAACACACAAAGGAUGUCGAGAAGUUAAUAUAAAGGAAAGGAAAGCAUGAAGAGAUCUGCUGAAAUGAGAUUAUAUGCAGGGCGUUUGUAUUUCUCGAAAGCGAGAAACCGCGUAUCCACGUGGAGAGUAUAUACGCGCAAAGCAAACGAGAAUUGAAGAGAUACAAAAAGAAGGAGAGCGGAAGAGUUUAAAAGAGGUGGAGGCAGUUGGUAUAAAAGGUUCGUUGAACAGAGCUUCGUCUGUUUCACACUCUCACCUUGUUGUACAACGGAUCCUGUUCCUGGAAAUAAACGCGUUUCCGAAACGACUUCCUCUUUGGCAGGACGUCCGGAAUAUUUAUUUCUUCGCGCUGGUUCAAAAGGCCACGAAAGAGCCAUGAAGUUAGUGGCGGUGUUAGCACUAUUGUGCUGUUUGACAAUUGGAGCUUUUUCAUCGCCGGUACCUCAACAAAAUGAAAGUAAAGUGGAAAUAAAGGCAACAGGAAGACAAGCUGCAGCAGUCUCAUCGGCACCUCCAGCUGCUACUGAUGAUGACGACGAUGAUGAUGACGAUGACGAUGAUCUUGAUUUACUUGCAGGAGAGGACGAUGACGACGAUGACGAUGAUGAUGACGAUGAUGAUGAUGACACUGGUUCAGAUUAUAUUGAAAGAAUACUUGACGAUUUUCUCGGAGACGACGAUGACGACGAUGAUGAUGAUACUCCUGCGGCAGCGGCAGUUCCCGCAGCACCUAUUGUUCAACAAGCUGCACCGAGUCAAGUAAUUCCUGCGGCAGUUCAAGCCGAUUUAAAUGCAAUUCCAGUUGACGAUGCCGCUGACGAAGCAUCGUCGGAGGCAUCAAGUGACACGGACGUUGGCACUUAUGAGGAUGACACACCUGAAGGACAAGCGGCGUCGACAGUUCCCGAAGUUGUAGCUGAAAUUGUACCCUCGGCUCAUCAGGUUUCAUUGAAUCAGGCGGUAAUUGCACCGGCGGCAGUGGCAGCGCCAGUUGCUGCAUCCGAUGACGAUGACGACGACGAUGACGAUGAUGAUGAUUCAAUUCCUGGUAUUGAGGACGACGACGAUGACGAUGAUGAUGAGGAUGAAGAUGACGAAGAUUCAGACGACGACGAUGAUGACGAUGAUGUUACUGAUGCUGAGGAUGUCGUCGAUAGCAUUACCGAAGCGCGACAAGCACGAAUGUUAAAGUCUCCCAAUCGGCCAAAAAGUGAUGUGACGAGUAUUUAUGUGACAAAAUACAAUCGAUUUGUUGACAAUAUUUUAGGACGUAUUAAUAAAAUAUUAAGCACCAAUUAUGAUCCAGUUACUGUGAAAUUAAGUAAUCCAAAUUCCAGUUCAAAAUCGAAUAAAACAAAAUUCAAGAAGAAAAAUUCCAAAAGAAAGUCAAAUAAAAAAGGAAAGAGAAAAAGUGCUAUGGGAUCAACAACAACAAUUUCUGAUAAUUCAGUUGAAUUGAAAAAUGGAACUUCAUCACUGAGAUUUUCUACAGUUGCAAAGAAAAUGGAGGAAUUUUCAAAGGAUUCAACUUCACCGAUUAGUACAACUCCAAUUAUGCAAACAAUAACACCUUCAAUUAUUGAUGAUGAUAAUAAGGAAUUAAUUGAAGUUGUCACUAUUCAAUCAGCAACUGGUCGUCGAGCUCCAUCUUCAAAUUCUUCCAAAAGGAAGAAAACGAAGCCUAAAAAUAAAACUAAGACAAAAACAAAAUCGAAAAUUGCUCCCACUGUCAAACCAACCACAUCUUCUUCAUCAUCCUCAAACAAAAACAAAUCGAAAAAAAGUAAACCAAGAGCAAAAGCAACACUUUAUGGAUUAGCAUCACUUCAAAGAUCUGGUGAUGUUUCUGUAAAUAUGAUGAAGGAUCAUACAACAAUAAAAACGAAAUUUAGUUUAGGACCAUUAAUGUUAAAAGUUGAAAAAGAAUUUGGUAGAUCGGCGAAAAAAGAAUUAAGAAGUGCAACAGCAACAACUGCCGAAAUGUCUGGAAGAUUGAGUCUUCGUGUUCUUAAUGGUGGAGCAGCUACUUUGCACUCUAUUCGUGUUUUACAACCCAAACAGGUUCGAGUUGAAAGUGCAGAUGAUCAUGACAGAACACGAGAAUUCGUUUGGAAAAGAUCUUCACAUAUUGCUCAUUUAGUGUCACAAAAACUUUCUUCCGCUACCAGGUCGAUGCUUCGACCUCCACCUGUGCCAGUUGCUGCCGCCUAAUUUCCCUUUUCUUCAUUGAUACAAAAUCUUAAAAGAUUUUGGCAAAAAAUGAAAAUCUGAUAUUAUGAAACAAAUUUGUUUUUAACAUUUUUUGUUUUGUUUUAUAAUUUUCAAUUGUCUUUUUUUUUUAAUAAGGUUGAAAUUGUUGCAGAUUUUUAAAUAGUUGAAUUUAAAAUUAUUAUAAUUAAUUUAUAUUUUAUUAUUAUUUAUUUUUUCAAUUAUAAAAAAUUUUUACAUUUAUUUUAGUUGAAAUA